AAUAAAAAGAAAAGAUUUGAAAUAAGUUAAUAUUUAGUAGAAAAGCAAACAUUAAAUGAACAAGACUAGAAUUUUAGAUAAUGUAGAUACAUCAGAGAAUCUUUUAUUUAAGUCAUUAAUAUCAAGAUCUUUGAUCAAAGAAGUUUACUAAAAGCCUGCUUAUUUGAUGAAAAUUGUAAAUGUAUUAGCAUAUCUGUUAGAAAUAAUUGAGAGCUAUUGCAAGUAGUCUAUUUAUUCUCUUUCCGAUUUCAUCGUGCAAUACUAUCAAUAAAAGUACCCUUAGAACGAACAGCAUUAAAAAUAGUUAACAAUCUUGUUCUACUCUUUCUAUUAACAGCUUCAUUUAUCUAAAGAAUUGUAAUUGUUAGACAAGUUAUUUCAAAUUACCAUGAUAGAUUCUCAUAUCCUUCUUAAGUUUUACUUAAGAUUGAGAAAGUAGACUUAAAUCUAUUUAAGAAACAACAGAAAAGUUCAUGAAUUUUUCGAAAGCGAAGUGCUUUAGUUUGAUGAUUGGACUACAAUAAUAGGAAGAAUUUUUAAAUCAAAUGGAAUCAGAGAAAUAGGAUAUUUAGUUAAGGAUUAUAAUUUGAUAGCAAAAUCACUAGAAAAGUAAAAGGAGAAUUCAAUUGAAGUUAUACCAUUCUUCAGACUAUGCAUUAAUUAUUAUAAUAAAAAUCGUUAAGAGUUAAUACAUGAGCAAGGAGUACUAAAUAAAUCUUUCACUCAAUCUUUUGUUUCAUAACAAAACAAAUCAGUUUCAUAAAAUAUAUACAUUAAAUCAUAUGCUUCAUCACUCCCGAUUGUUAAAGAUUAUGAAGAAUAAGAAAAUUCAUAAUAAUAAAAAUAAUUUCUCAAUAAAAAGUCAUAAAACUCCACAGUCUCACAUAUAGAAGAUUAUUUAAGAAAAAGCUCUUAUGAUUAAAAAGGAGAAGAUAAUUCAACAAACAUUUACAGGUCUUUAAAUCAAUCAAACACUCUAAAUAAUUCUCAAUUUCAUUCUCCUACAAUAAAUAACUAAAAUGUAAUGAUUUUUCAUAAAGAUGCAGAGAAUUUCUACAAAAAACUUCAUGAAAGCAGCUGUUCAGCUUGCAAAUUCGAUUCUCCUAAUAUAAGCAUGAUAAGUAAACAAUAAUAAGAUCAGUAACAGUAGAAAUAUAUGGUUUUGGCAGAAUACACAGCAUAACUUCAAAAUUAAAUGAAAAUUUUACUAGAAAAACUAUUAAGUAACAGAAACAGUGUAAGUGACCAAGAAUUAAAACAAGCAUUAUAAAAUUUAGAUAUAAAACACUUCAAAAAGAGUGAGAGUGUACAUGCAGUAAACAAUAUUAAAUGAAUCAAUGAAAUCAUUAUUUAUAACAUAUAUAUCAUAAUAAAAUAAAUUGAAUUGAAUAUAUAUAAUUAUACAUUUUUUAUUAUUUUUUAUUUUUUUCAUACCUUACCAACUAAAAAAUCUAAACUUUUUUGAAAUAGAUUGCAUCUGUAUAAUAAUUUUUUUUUAUGCUACUAUUUUUCUAAAUCACUAUUAUAAAUUAUAUUUUUAAUUAAUGCUUGAUAAAUUUUGUUAAUAGUUGUUGUUUGAAUUUUCAUUACUAGGAUUUUCCAAAUGGGUAAAAUCGCUUUAAGAUGGCAGGGCAGAAUAUAUUUUAUUUACUGAGUCAAGUGAUGAAUUUAUGUGAGAAUUAUUACUAAUGUUGUUAUCUUUAGAAUUUAUAUAGAAAAAAUUUUUAUCAUUUAAUGAGAAAUUAUUUUAAUCUUAGACAGAGUUUUUUUAGAAAUCAUAUAUAUUAGCUGUAGGGAUUGAGUAUGUUAGAUUUCGUUGAUGGUCUUAGUUCGGAGAAUAAUCUUCUUCCUUUUCAUGAGGUAAAUUAUUUAGAGAUUUAGCUUCAGUUUAUUAACUUUGUUAAUUCUAAAUUUUAGAGCGAUAUUCCUACAUUAUCUAGUCAACUAUGCUUUAAUUAUUAAUACUAUUACUAUUAAUUGGUUAUUUUUCAUUGUAGUUUUAUAUUGAGGUUUCUAUCUUUGUUUGUAUUUUUAUUGUUGUAUAUGGGCUAGUCGUGUGCGAAAUUUAAGUUGUAAUACUAGUACCUAAGUAUUAAUUUUAAUAGUUUGUGUCAAUUUUAUUAGUUUAAGCAGAUUAAGAGAUUUAAUUAUUAGCUGUGGAAUUAUUUUUAUUUAAAGUAUCUUCACUAUUCAUAAAAUAGCUGUUACUAUAGCUAUUGUCACUAUUUUAAAAGUUAUGAUUAUUUUAAAUGCUAGUGUAUGAUUUGAUCUGGCCUUAUAUUUAUUUGUUUGAAAAAAAAUUUUAAGAAAGAUUGUCUUAGUUAUUUUUUAAGGAGUUAGAAGGUGACACGUUUUGAUUUAGUGAUGUUUAAUUCUAUAAAUUUAAAUAAUAGUUGUUUUAAGAAGAUGACAUAGGAGUAUUUUCUGAUAAGUUUUACAGAUAUUUAGAAUCAAAAUAAUUGUGAACAUUUUAGUUUGUAAAAUUAUUUGCAAAAUUAGUAGAAACAUUUUGUACAUUCGUUUAUGAAUUUUAAUUUUAGUUAUUAUUUUCCUAGUUACUUAUUGCUAAUUACGAUAAAUUAAAUUGAUUUUCGUUUGUAUUUUAAACAUUUUAAUAAAUGUUAGAUGCUGAUUUAGAUAAUGUAUUAGAGUUUAUUUGGGUACUACUUGAUUGGUUUUUAUUUGUAAUUAGAACACUAUUUACCAUAGGAUGGUAUGAUAUAGAGUCUUCCUUCACUAAAUCAAGAUGUUAAUAAAGAUCAUCUAAAUUCUUAGAUGAUUAAUUCUUGAGAUUUCCUUAUUUAGAUAUAUUUGAAGUACUUAAAGGAGAAUGCAGUUCUGUUUUUGAUGAAAUGAAAUAGUGAGUAUUACUGUAUGUUCCAAGCUAUGAAUUAUGCUAGUCACUUAGAUGCUAUAUGCUAUUUUAGGAAUUUGGUGAAAUUAAUAAAGGUGCUGUAGACACAUUUACUAAGGGUUCAUUUAUUUUCAAAAGAGGAGUUAUAGAUGCACUCUAAAUAUUAGAAUUUGUAAGAUGAGUAGGAGAUAUAUUUAAAGAAGAAGGAUUUAAUGAGUUUACAGAGUAGGGGUAUGAAGCAUUUAAAACAUGUGGGUUUGAUGUAUUUAAAUGAUGUUGAUUUUGUGUACUAACAUUCUAAGUAGUUAGAAGAUCAGGAUUUGAAUAAUUUAAAAGUUGAGGAUUAGAUGAAUUAUUAAGUAGAGAUGAUCCAAAUGCUUGGUUUGUAUUUAGUUACAUGCUAUUUUGGUUGUUCUAUAAAGGUGAUGUAACUGUGUUCGCAUAUUUGUUUUAAGGGAAAUCUGUUUUUAAUGGAGUAAAUUGAUUUUUUGUCUGAUAUUAAUUUUAGAUUGAUAAGAUUGACUAUGAACUACUGCUUUAUAGUUAUUUUGAUUAGCUAUCUUUAUCUGUAAAAUAUUAGCUAAAUAAAUUUCUAUCAUUAGUUGAAUUGCUGUUACUAGCGCUUUAUUGAUUUAAUGUAUUUAAUGUAGAAAAAGGCUUUUCUCCAUAUUUAGAGCUUGGUAGAUAGUUUUAAUAUGAAUUUUCGGAAGGACUACAAUUUUAGUUUAAUUGCAUUGAAUUUGCCUGACUAAAGGUGUUGAAGCUUACUUAUUGACUGCUUAAACUAUUUAUAGGAGAAGUAGAGUUAACGAAACUUUUGCUAUAGUUUUAGAAGUUUUGUAAUUCUAGAUAGUUUGUGGUUUUUGAUUUCUCUCUAGGAGUUUGGCUUAUCUAAAUAUCUUUUGAUGACAAAAAGGAUGGUUAAAGCAAGCCUGUCAAAUGCUCAGUAAUAUUAGAGUAUUAUUCUUUUUGCUAAUUAUUGUUUAAAAUAUCAUAUCUUAAAGGAAAAACUAUUUUUUAAUGUGAUUCUUCAUUUUGAGGGAGCUAAUCCUUCAUUUAAUGUUGGCUUUUUGAAUUUAAAUUUUUAAUAUAUUCAUUUAUAAAUUAAGUUGAAGAUGAGAGGUGAGCUUUGUCUUCACUUUUUAUAUCAUUCUGUGGGGUAUAUACAAUUUCUUAUAUUUCAGUAUUUUAAAUAUUUGUGUUUUAUCCUAAUUGAGAGGGGCUUAUUUUAGGAGAAAUAGAGGCAUCCAUUUUUAUUUUAGGAGAGACACUGCUUAAAUAAUCUUUUAUAUAAUUAGAAUUAUCUGAAUUUUUAAGUUAGUCUUUUUGUUCAUGGACUAAUAAAUUUAAAUCUGGGAUUUAUUAGAGUUAUAUUUAUUGAAAUAAAUUAGCUUGAAUGUUUUCACUCUAUUGUUUCGUUUAAUUGCUAUUUAUUGGUUCUAUGACUCUAUUUUGGUUAUCUUCACUUAAUACCUUAGAUUUUAAAUCUUAUGAAGUGUUUAUUGCAGGAUUAUUAUUGAUACUAUUAGAAUUAUUAAAAUCUUUAUUAAUACUUGCUAGAUAAUUGCUUAUCAAAGAUUAACUAUUUGGUAGUUUUAACAUUGAAGGUACCUCACUGCUAAACGUAUCUAAUUUAUUGUUUUUAUUAGAAUGAGGAGUUUGCUAUUCACUGCUAUAAGGAGAGUCAUUUUCAGAUUCUACUCUUUUGAUUUGUUAACUCAUAUUUGUAUUAAUUUCAUCAUAUUUGACUUGGUUUAAACUGAAAUGGAAAUUUGAUUGAGACAAAGAAAGCUAUUUAGAUGGAGAAACAGGACUCUUACAUAAGCUUGUCUUAACACUCUAGGUGUAAUCUAUAUUUAAAUCACUCAUGGCAUCAUUAUAUUUAAAUACUCCUGAGAAAUGAAUUUCUGGACUUUAGUUUUGUGAACUGCUCAUGUUACUUUACAAAUUUUCGCUAUUAUUUUACUAAUCUAUUUUGCUUCCUUAUCUUUUAGAUUUUCUCAUAUUAAUAUAUUGAAGAAAAUUAGAAGGAUUAUCUAAUUUAGGCAUAGCUCUUGUAGUUCCAGGGUAUUUCAUUCUUUGAGAGUUUUUAGUUGAGCUUUUUUAUAUACUCUCUUAGGAAGAUUCCAUUUCUUCAAUGGAGUCAAAUUAAAAAUUGUUAUUCAGAUUGCAAUAAUAUUUUUAAAAUUUGCUAAUGUAUUAUCCACUCUUAGAAGUCAUUGAACCAUUACCACUAUUGUCAGCUUCAUCUGAAUUAUAGCCAGAAUUUUAUCCAACACUUUAUGAGUAAAGUCUGUCUUCAUAUUCAUCAUCACCAUUGCUUUCUUAUUUUUCAUUAAGAUUGAUGUUGAGUUUAUUAUCAGCCUUUUUUCUCCCUGAAUCUGAGUCUUGGUCUAACUCCAUAGUUCCGUAUUUUGUCAACUAUUUGAAUUAAUUUGCUAAUUUCAUUUAGCUAUUUUUGUUUGUGUUGUUUCCACUUUUAUUAUCAUCUUCGUCAUCUCCUUCGCUACUGUUUUAGCUUUUAUUACUCGCAGUAUUAACUGCAUUCCAACCUAUAUUCAUUCUCAUAGAUCUAUUUCUAGUGCUUUCUCCUCCGCAACUAGCUUUGAUAGUUUCUGUUGAUUUCUAAGAAAUUCUUCUUUCAUCUUCUUGGUCAGAAAGAGAUGGCGAUGAUGAUGAAGAAGAAGGAGAUUUCUCUUUUGUUUGUUGUGAUCCUUUUUAUUAUUUCAAGAAAUUGUCCAAAGCAAAAUGAUUUUGUGGAUGAUCUUCAGAAUUAUAAUUUUAAUUUUAGUUGAUUUUAUCGUUUUAUAUUUCUUAUUAUUAUUAUGUGACAAUCACAUUAUUCCAGCUUGUGGUCCCUCCAUUUGAAGUAGAACUAUUAGGAGUUUUGCUUAUUACAUUAGUAUGAAAAACAUUCUAUCUCAAUAGAUUGCGCUUAGCAGAUUUAGAAUCUGCAUUACAGCUAAACCUUCUUUCAGUAUCAACUUGAUAAUCAUCCAAUAUUAUGUCUUUCAUCAAAACAGGAGAAGGAAUAAAUCGCUCUGAUUUUGUUUGUAAGAUUUAUUUAUUGCCACUAAGUUGUUAUUCAUUAUCGCAGAUAUUUUUAAAUAUAUUUUUAUUUUGCUUACCACUAUUUGUUUUGUAAGGAGAAAAGUUUUCUGGUGUGUGAGCAUUUGGAGACGAUUAAUUAUUAUGUCUUUUUCUAUGUUUGUUUUUACUGCUGCUACUCCCUUGCUUCUCAAGAGAUAAGUCAUUUACAUCUUGAGGACUGCUAUCUCUGCUUGUUUCGAAAUCAAUAGAUGCUUGUCUAACAAGUUCUCUUUAGGCUUGUAAAAUUUCUAAUUGCUCCUCUAGUUUUGUCUAAUUAUCAACCUCUACAAAGUAACCCUCCUAUUCUAAUACACCCAAAAUUUACUUAUGAAUGAAACUCCUCUUUUUAUUCUAUUAAAUUAAAUCCUUUAAUCUAUUCUAAGUGAGAGAGCUAUUGCUUAGGGGAGAAGUUGCAUUCUCACUAUUUUUUGUGUCUAAAUUAGCAUUAUUUUAAUUAACAUCAUUAUUGUUAUUACUAAUAUCUUAUAAGGUCUAAUUCGCUUCACUGAAGACAUUUAAAUUCAAAUUAGGAACAAAAUUAUUAUCAUUUUCGACUUCAUUAUUUAAGUUUUAAGUGCUGAUCGAUUUGCUUAUAUCUGAUUUAUUUUAACUUGUCAAGUCAGGGUUGGUAACUUGAGUUAAAUGACUAUAUUCAUUUUAAUGCUAAGUAGAUGAAUAGAGAUUACCUUGAACGUAAUAUUUAUUUAGAUACAAAGAAGUUUCGGAUUAUGAAGGAGAUAACUAAAUAUUGGAGUUUGAUUAAUUUUACUCUGCUUAAUUGUCUAGUGAAGUCAAAUUUUAUGGAAUCUCUCUCUCAGUAACCUUAUUUGAUUUUUUCUCUAGCUAAAUAUUUUUUAAUUCCUAUAGCAUAGAAUUAUUCUUACAAACAGAGCUUUUCAAGCUGCCCAUCAUCUACUGCUUCAUGACAGAGUCGCGAAGACUUCUCCUUGAUGUUGCUUUGUCCUUUUAUUUUUCCUCUUCUUCAUUAUGGCUUUUGUUAUACUCUUAAUACUUCGAGCACUCUUCUUACAAUUUUUCUUCUUGAUUGAUCAUCACUGGCUCUACUUAUCCUAAUUAAUAAUGAUAAUUAUUAAUGAUAUUAAAUUAUUCUAUCAUUCUUUAAUUUUAAUUAAUUGUGAC